UUAUCCUUAAGUAUAUAUAAGAAAGGCGUAAAUACAUAUCCAUAUCACUAUAUAUUAUUAACACAGUGCACACAGACUAAGUGCAGACCAAGGACGGGAUAAAGGAUGUGGGCUGGUCAGGAUUAUCUCUCUCUCCGUACUUUAUGCCAGAAGAAGGGAGAACUUUUUGUUGACUCUUUGUUUCCUGAAGACAUUUCUGACCCUGGUGUUGAAUGGAAGAGGCCUGCGGAGUUCUGCUCAAAUCCUACGUUCAUUGAGAAUGGAGCAAGUACCACAGACAUCUGCCAGGGGGACCUAGGUGACUGCUGGCUGCUGUCCGCGAUUACAUCACUCACGCUCUACCCCUCGCUGUUCUCGCGGGUAGUGCCCAAUGACCAGAGCUUCAGCCCCAGCGAUGGCUACUGCGGGAUCUUUCACUUCAAGUUGUGGCACUUCGGGGAAUGGUUGGAUGUUGUGAUAGACGACAGGCUCCCGAUGAAGAACGGCCGCCUGGUGUACACAAAGAGCGACACUCGGGAGGAGCUAUGGAGUGCGCUGCUGGAGAAAGCCUACGCCAAGGUACGUGGAAGCUACUCCGCACUGCAGGGAGGAACGAUCCCCGAGGCACUGGAGGAUUUCACUGGUGGAAUAGCAGAGACUGUGAGUUUGUGGAGACACACCCCUGAGGAGGUCUGGGAUAUGAUCAGCCAAUCAGAGAGCAGGAAGUCCCUGAUGGCCUGCUAUAUACAGGCGUCUGAGCCCCAAGACACUGGACGUGUGAAUGAGGAUGGGCUGGUCCUGGGACACGCGUACUCCGUUAUAGGAGCGAAGGAAGUGACCCAGGCAUCCGGUGAAGCCACACUCGUCCGGCUGAGGAAUCCCUGGGGCUUCACCGAGUAUACUGGACCGUGGAGUGACAAGUCUUUGGAGUGGGAGGCAGUGUCAGAGAAGGAGCAGAUCGCAUGGAACCUCCAGAGAGAAGACGGAGAGUUUUGGAUGCUCUGCGAAGAUUUCUGCAGCCUAUUCUCCAUGAUUGUUACCUGUAGAGUCAACCUGGAUUCUUCCCAUUGUAUUGCCACUCACCUGCAUGGACGGUGGGAGAGUGGGGUCAGUGCAGGUGGAGGUCGGAGACUGAGAUCUUUCUUCACUAACCCACAAUUCCGGAUCCUCGUGGGCGGGGCUUCAGAUGAAGAGGUGGAGCCUGGAACUACAGAGGAGCGCUGGACAGUGCUGGUGGAGUUGAUGCAAACAGAUGGCAGGACAGACAAGCUCCACAUAGCCUGUCACCUGUACAAAGUGCCUAAAGAACAGGUCUCUCGUCCCCGACUGGACCGUGGAUUUUUCACAAGGAGUCGCCCAGUGUGUGACACAGGAGACCCUCAGAACAGCCGUGGGGUCACAAUGCGGGCGUGCGUGGCCCCAGGGGAUUAUGUUAUUGUGCCUUCCACAUAUGACCCCAACCAGGAGGGUAACUUCUAUAUUCGGGUAUUCUGUGAGCGCAG